CCGUGGGAGGUUCAGACAGCAGAGAGGCGUUUGAAAUACAGCCAGAGAAAACACAAAUAAAAGGCCAAGUAAUACAAAAAAUAUACAAAAUAAAAAGAAUAAUAAAAACGGCAAAUAAAAAGCAACAAAGUGAAGCGCAUCCCAUAAGCAAAUCAACGCCAAAACACUCGAAAACGUUGCCGCCGCUACCGUCGCUGUCUCUUUCACCCCAGUGCAUUCCCUCUCUCUUGCUCGUCGCGUAACGUAAGCGUAUUACAAAACAAACGCCAACGUAAUCAAAGAAAUAAAUAAAAUAAAAUAAAGGCGCUCGUUCGCGUGUUUCUCAGUGUAGAAAAGUAAAAUAAAUAAAUUAGUCACAAAAUAUUAAAGGGGGUCCAAGUGCAGCACACCCCAAAUUGCCGCGCACCCUUUUCACAAAAAAAAAAAUUAACCCGUGUGUGCGGCGGGGUUACGUAAAGCCGACGGACAAGCGCCGUUUCAAGUUCUUACAAAACGAAACAAAAUUUAUAUAUAUAUAAAGAAAACAACAACACAUAACACGAGAAAAUAUAUUCCCCAUUUCGUUUUUUCGCACGCGUGUGGCUAUAAAUUUUUGGCCAACAAAAAAAAAUGAAUACAAAAAUAUACAACAAAUUUUAAAUAAAUUGAAAGAAGAAGAGGGAGAGUUUUGUGAUUGUGAGUGUGUGUAUGAGUGAUUCUUGAGCAACAGCCCACCCCCACACCCCGCAAAAAAAACCACCCCUUUUUGGGGAAAAACAAGGAGGCGCGGUUCAACACCGACAGAUGCCUAUGCCUUGCUGCUGCUGUUGUCAAAACUUCUUCUUCACUUCAACUAAAACAGCCAAAAGCAGAGCACGCAAAAGAUUAAUUGAUGGCAAAUAAAAUGGAAAUAAGUAAAUGAAAAUUAAAGCAAAAAUAAAAAUAAAAAUACAAAUACAAAUCUAAAAAGCUAUUGUGUGCGCAAAGUGCAAGUGAACGAAAGUGAAGUGUAGUGAUGUGAGAUAUAGAUAUUGUAUCUGCAAGAUAGAUUUACCCCGGGGCAACGCAGACUGUUGCAUACGUGACUGCAGGCAGCUACGAAAAUAAUACAAAUACUAGCCGCGGGGAUCACGAAUUAAUAGCUUAUUAGGCGAAAAUGCCUCUGUCGCAGGGCUACUGCUUGAAGCCCUCGCUGGGCGCCAAGAAGCGUGCGAUGAAGGUGCUCCGCCAGGAGCAACAGGAUCAGCAUGGACACCUCCUCCAGCCCAGCAGCCCUGCAGCGGCAGUGUGUUACCUGCCCCCCGACGAUAGCCAGAACUCGCUGCACCUCUCCUAUUUGCUGGGCGAAUCCUUUGCCAAGGUGGGCAGCCUCUCAAAGUCCUUCGAUGUCUACGAACUAAUAGCCAGCAGGCUGUUGGACGGCCAUGUCCCGCUGGACAAACUAGAUACGCUGGCCAGCGCACUGACCUCUCACAUUCGGAAAAUGGGCGGCAUUGCCACGCCCGCCACUGUGAAGAGCCCCAGAGUAUUGGAAAGACUGGACAUGAUGCCCUGGUCGAGGUAUCACCAUCAGGGCAAACAAAAUCAGGCCGAUCAGGUGGAGUUCCUGAGAGGAGUGGCUGAAUCCAGUCCAUCGCCCCUGGAUCUCCACUCGCCCACGCGAGAACUGAGAGUGCCGAGUCCGCUGCAGGACUGGGAGGAGUACGAUCCGCUGUUGUGCCCCCUUUGCGGCGACAUACUGCGCUGUCCGGUGACCACCAACUGUGGCCACACCUUCUGCCGGCAGUGCUGUGAGACGAUCACGCAGUGCAACAUCUGCCAGGUGCGAUUUCCCCGCAUCCAGGACUCCUACUCGUCGCCAGGUGCGCCAGGUACACCGGGCUGUGCCCUGACCACAACCACUGCAAGUGGUGCGGGAUCCAGCUUUUUUACGUCACCCUCCAAUCACAACGCGAACCUCAGCCUGAUGAGCGUCAACGUGGGCUAUGGGGUCCAACUGGCGUCCAGUGUCCAUCGCUUGGCCGCACCACCCAUGACAGUGACCACCACCACGGUGGCAUCCACAACGGCCACGGCCACCACCACCAUGGCAUCCACCUCGGCGGCAGCUGCUUUGGGAUUGAGUGGCUAUCCCUCUGUUCACGGAGGAGGCAGUGGCUCAUCGGCCAUGAAGUUCAUGCCGGACGUUCUGGUCCGUCGGUUGGUGGAAAAGUGGUGGGGCCCGGAUCUGCAGUCCAAGAAGAUCCGCGAGAAGGCCAGCAGCUGCAUGCACCUCAACCUUCUCGACGACGCCCUUAAGUUCUGCAAUGCCAGCCUGGAGAAAGCUCCAGCGAAUUUCAAGAGUCUCUGCCUGCGUGCUGAAGUUCUCCUAAAAUUGAACCAUUUUCAAAGUUCUCUAGCGGAUAUCGAGAAUGCCCUAAGAACGCGCUGUACGUCACCAAAAGCCCACUAUUUGAGAGCUUUGGCCUUGAGCGGUCUGGGUCGACUAGAGGAGGCUUUGUACAACGGCUUUUUGGCCAUCUGCCUUGAUAAGAAUACAAAUCUCAGCAACUCGGAAAUAUUUCAGCAUGAUCUCGCCAAGAUUCUCCAACGUCUCCUGGCCCAAAUGCCCAAAAAUCGAUUUUCGAUCAGUACCGCAACACCCCCUGUUUUCCAGCCGCAGAACCGCAGCUUUGCCACCUCUCGAGCACCCUAUCCCCUGCUUUGGGAGCAGGUGAGGAGGCGCAGGAAACAGCAGCACCACCACCCCCACCAUCAUCACCAUCACCAUGUCCACCUGGAUGACGUGGAAGAUGAGUUUGGGCAUUACGACAACUACAUAAUGGCCGGGGAUGAUAUGGAGGAGGAGGUGGACGUGGAGGUGGACGGCGGGGAGCCGGGAUCCCUGCAUCUGGACGGAGAUUUCCUGUUUCCCAGUGCCCUGGACUUUAUGGAUCACCAUCGCCAUCAGCGGCACGUCUUCGACCAGAAGCAGUUCGAUCUGCAGCCACGUCGUCAUGCGAACCGGAAGCACUGCAAGCGGAAAUGGUCAGCGGUCAUGGAGCCACUGGGUGGCAAGGUCGUCGGGGAGGAGGACGCGGAUCAGGACGGGGCAGCUGGCGAAAGUCAGCGGUGCAGUCGACUAUUCGCCGGUGUUUUGGAGCGAACGCAGCAGGAACUGCAGCGACUGAGAAAACUGGACGGAUCGGCUCCAGCGCUGGCGGUCAGCUCAGUGGCCGGGCAGCUGAUCGACGCCAGCGACUUUGACUGCGUGGUGUGUAGCCGGACACUGUGGAAACCGGUGGUGACCCCGUGCGGACACACGUACUGCCUGGUAUGCUUGGAUCGUUGCAUGGAUUACAACUCCCCGUGUCCAUUGUGCAUGUCACCACUUGUGGAGUUCAAUGUCAAUGCCAGUGCCAGUGCCAGUGCCAGUGCCAGUGCCAGUGCAAGUGCAAGUGCCAGUCAGAAUCCGAAUCCGAAUCAAAAUCAGAACCACCUGCAUCCGGGCCCAUCCUCGCCAGUUCCUUUCGCGCUGGCCAAGCGGCCAGUGACGAAGUUCCUAGAAGCCGCAAUGAAACGAUUCAUUCCAGACCACUACGAGGCGCGUUUCCGCCAGGAGAUCGACCAGGAGCCCUCCGUGCCCGUGUUCAUCUGCACAGCAGCCUUUCCAGCGGUGCCGUGUCCCCUGUUUGUAUGCGAGCCCCGCUACCGUCUGAUGGUCCGGCGAGCCGUUAAAUCGGGGGACAAGACCUUCGGCAUAGUGCAGCCCAAUGGCGGGAAGUCGCGGUACUACGAUGUGGGCACCAUCCUGGACAUCCGCGACUGCGUUCAGCUGGGCGACGGCUGCUCGAUCCUCAGCACGAUCGGCUGCAAGCGCUUCAAGAUCCUGGCGCGCAACGAGAAGGAUGGCUAUGAGACGGCCAAGGUGGAGUACAUCUGCGACGAGCCCAUUGCCGAGGAGCAGGUGAAGAUUCUGGCUGGAAUGCAGGGUGUGGUUCUGGCCAAGGCCAGCGGCUGGUUCGAGAGCCUGAGUACGGAGCAGAAGCACGAGAUCCUGCAGAGCUAUGGCCAGAUGCCGCCACUGGAGCCGAACUGGGAACUGAUCAGCGACGGACCGGCGUGGGCUUGGUGGGUCAUAGCUCUACUGCCCCUCUCGCAGCAGCUUAAGGUGGACAUAUUGGCCACAACCUCGCUGGAAAAGCGGCUGCGUGCCAUUGACAAGACGCUGGACUGGCUGCACGACCUUAGCCACCCACAACAGCCGGCGCACCACCACCAGCAGGCAGCACAGUCGCCGCAGCAGGCACAUCGUCUCGAUCUCGACUGCGAGGAGCAGGAAGCGGCCUCAUCCGGCUCCGAUGAAUGUUGCCUAUUUGCGGAAACCGGAAACGAGCCGCACACGGAUGAGGAGCUGCUCCUCUAGAACGCCUAGAUGAAUAUCCUAAAAUUAAAA